CGUAUGGCCGCCGCCCCCCGCUGGCCGACGCUGGCGGCGUAAGGCGCGCGGGCCCGGGAGCGGGCGCGGCGGAGCGCGGCGAGCCCGGCGCCUCCAGUCCCGAACAUGCGGAGGCCGGCCCAGGCGGCGCGGGAGCCGGAGCGGGGGCCCGAGCGGGCACCGGAGCCGGAGCGCAAGCGGGCGCGGGGUCCGGAGCGGGGGUCCGCGCUGCGCUGCUGAAGCCGGGCCGGCCGCCCAGACGCUGCCCGCGGGCCCGGCCACGGCGGAGCCAAGCUGUGAGCCGUGAGCUUUGAGGCGGUGGGACCUGUCAGCAGAAUGUCUCCUGCCCCCGAGAGCCACCCCGAGGCCACUGAGAUGAGCCCCGUGGCCUGGCCGGCCCCAUUGCCUGCGUCUCAGUAGCCAGGAGCCACGGGGCCCACGCCCGCCCGCCAGCCGCGGUGAUGUUCUAGCCACAGAGGAGCCAAGACCUCAGGUUUCCAGAGCCUUGGGAUUUGCACGGCAGCAGAGUCACCGUGGAGAGGCCAGGGUAUCACAAACUUAUGGAUUUUGACAAGAAAGGAGGGAAAGGGGAGACAGAGGAGGGCCGGAGAAUGUCCAAGGCCGGCGGGGGCCGGAGCAGCCACGGCAUCCGGAGCUCGGGGACCAGCUCGGGGGUCCUGAUGGUGGGCCCCAACUUCCGUGUCGGCAAGAAGAUUGGCUGCGGCAACUUCGGGGAGCUCCGCCUAGGAAAGAAUCUCUAUACAAAUGAAUACGUGGCUAUCAAAUUGGAGCCGAUCAAGUCCCGGGCCCCGCAGCUGCACCUGGAGUACCGGUUCUACAAGCAGCUCAGCGCCACAGGUAGCGGGCAGCCCGCGGGUGGGGCGGGGGCUGCGCAGGGGCAGGGAGGGGGCCGCCGCCGCACGCCCGUGCGUCUGUCCUCCGCCGCAGAGGGCGUCCCUCAGGUCUACUACUUCGGCCCGUGCGGGAAGUACAACGCCAUGGUGCUGGAGCUGCUGGGGCCCAGCCUGGAGGACCUGUUCGACCUGUGCGACCGGACCUUCACGCUCAAGACGGUGCUGAUGAUCGCCAUCCAGCUGAUCACGCGCAUGGAGUACGUGCACACCAAGAGCCUCAUCUACCGGGACGUGAAGCCCGAGAACUUCCUGGUGGGCCGCCCGGGGACCAAGCGGCAGCACGCCAUCCACAUCAUCGACUUCGGGCUGGCCAAGGAGUACAUCGACCCCGAGACCAAGAAGCACAUCCCGUACCGCGAGCACAAGAGCCUGACGGGCACGGCGCGAUACAUGAGCAUCAACACGCACCUGGGCAAGGAGCAGAGCCGCCGCGACGACCUGGAGGCGCUGGGCCACAUGUUCAUGUACUUCCUGCGCGGCAGCCUCCCCUGGCAGGGGCUCAAGGCCGACACGCUCAAGGAGCGAUACCAGAAGAUCGGGGACACCAAGCGCGCCACGCCCAUUGAGGUGCUCUGCGAGAACUUCCCAGAGGAGAUGGCCACGUACCUGCGCUACGUGCGGCGCCUGGACUUCUUCGAGAAGCCGGACUACGACUACCUGCGGAAGCUCUUCACCGACCUCUUCGACCGCAGCGGCUUCGUGUUCGACUAUGAGUACGACUGGGCCGGGAAGCCCCUGCCGACCCCCAUCGGCACCGUCCACACCGACCUGCCCUCCCAGCCUCAGCUCCGGGACAAAGGCCAGCCGCACAGCAAAAACCAGGCGCUGAACUCCACCAACGGGGAGCUGAACGCGGACGACCCCACGGCUGGUCACUCCAAUGCCCCCAUCACGGCGCCUGCAGAGGUGGAGGUGGCCGAUGAAACCAAAUGCUGCUGUUUCUUCAAGAGGAGAAAGAGAAAAUCGCUGCAGCGACACAAGUGACCCCGGGCGCGUGCAGCCCCCCUGAAUCUUCUCCGCGCAGCCCCUUGGGGCGAGAGCUUGUGCGAGGCCCUCGGGGCCCACCCACAGCGGCCCAGGGCCAGACCUUGGCCGGAAGCCAGAACGCAGACUGCAGGGGCCGCACCUGGCUCAGCCGGCGGCCCCACCCCCGGGACGUGGGGUCACUUCCUUCACGUAAGACUUUGGCCGAAAUUUCUACACCUGUGUCUAGUCCUCCCCUCCAAGAGCAUUAACUAUUUAAAACAAGGAGAAAAGGAAAAACAGAGGCCCACCUGCCCCCACCGUGCCCUCCGUUUCUUUGCUGAAGUGAGUAGUGUGAUAUGGGGGCCCCCGGCUGAGGCCCGGCCUGGCCCCGCCAGCCGCCCCCGUUAGCGUCAUAAAGUCCAGCUUGUCUCCCUCGAUCCAAAGGCCGUUUUCUCGAGGGGAGGGCAGGCCCGGCCUGGAGGGUGCUGUGAGGCUGUCUUGCCCCGGCCCUCCUGGGAGGGGAGAGGCAUUGCUGCCAGGGGUGAGGCCGUGCCUCAGGCCUCCCUGAAACCAAAGGGGAAGGCAGGGGUGGGCCCGCGGCGGAAGCCGGCUCCCCAACCAAAAUGCUGCACCAAAGCUCGGGCGCCGCAGGCACGGCCACUGCAGCCUCUGACCGGCCUGGCCCCGGCGAGGGGCGGGCGGGCGCUGCCAGGCUGGUGCUUCUCAACGCACUUGCUUCCGGAGGCUGUGCCCCGGCGCCUGGAACCUGAGGUGGGAGGACCAGCUGGUGUCGCCCUGCUCGGCCCUGGGCCCUGUUGCGUGGGGCGUGUGGGCACAGGGCUUCCUGCCUCUGUGCUCCGCCACUCGGCAAGCAGCCGGAGACAAAACGCCUUAAAGCCCCGGCGCAGCCCCGCGGGUGUAUGUGCAGGGGCCUGGGGUGGCCCUGGACUGGCGGGCGGUCCCCCAGCGGGGUGCCCUGGAGGCUGCUGGGCAGAGUGAAGCAGCUUGGGGCCGUGCCUAGGGCGGUGGCUGUGAGUCUAGUUUUUGCUUUACCAAGUGUACAGAAAUGGUAUUUACGUUUCUCUGAUGCUCCCUUGAAGCCAUAGAAUUUAGGGGCUUUUUUUAAAAAAUAAAAGAAAAAUGAAACCAAA